ACUACUGUGAAGCAGUAAAAGAUGGUUCUUUAUCAGGCGUGAUUGUAUGAUGGAAACUGUUGCAGAGUAUUGCAUUUCUGUGUUAAGCGGUUUCUCAAAGCAAUUUUGCUGUCUCAUUCUGUGCCUGUUCCAGGUUGUCGUACACCGUUCCUGACAGAAAACACCAAUGUGCUUUUAAAGCUGUGGAAGCUUUAAAGAGUCCAGAUCUCGUAUUAUACAUUUUUCUUGUACUUUUCAUGUACCAGCAAUAGUCACAAUGAAUUUUUACAUGAUUUUAUCCCAUAGAAAAACACAUCAUGCCUUUAAGACUGGUAUAUGUAAAUUACCUCUACAUUAGAUUUUGUGUCAUCACAAAAGUAAUUCACAACAGUAUUUUUGAAACUUAGUUUUUGUACUGUAAAUUGGGGAGUACAGUUAGUUUUGAAACUUGGGAAGUGUUUACAUACUAAUAAUACAUCAAACUCUUACUUUAAAAAAGGUGGAGGCAAUUCAGUUUUUCUGUGAUAGGGGCUCUUUAAGUGGUCGGCUAUGCUCCCGGAGUGGAGCUCUGUUGUGAGAGGGCGCCGCGAGCUACGUGGCGUUUCUCCCAGAAAUGUGAAGUUCCUGAGGUAGCGGUUAGAAAACAGCAGUAGGACUUCUUGGGUUGUCUAGGAAAACUGCAGUGAGAGCCAAACCUCGGUUAACUCGUAUUUUCAAUUGCGAGUCCCGAAGUGCGCUUUUCUGAAGGAAAAACAGCUUUUUAUGGAGGUAAAGGAUUAGCUAACAUAACUACUAACGUUACUCACAGCCAAGAUUUUCACACGACUGGAGGUUCAUAACUCCAGUCGGCUAGUUGGUUAGCAAAAUGCCGAGCAGCGAAGUGAAGCACAGAAAGGGGAAAACGAGCGUCUCACACGACGGAGAAACGAAUGGCACAUCAAAGCCGAGCAGCAGAGAGGAAGGAAAGAAAGAUGGAGCAGGUCUGUCUGAACAAAACAGUCUGACUGCUGGAAAGUCUGGACUGUGUUCAUCACUGGACCUGAGGACGACGGUCAGCUUUCUGUCUCUGAGCGCCUGCUGUCUGCUCGCGGGGGUUGUUCUUCAUCAAAAUGCAAGAUUUAACGAAGUGGAGGAGAAAUACAGGCAGUUAUAUGAAAAGGCAGCCAAUCUCCUGGUGCUAGAAGAAAAAAUGGGUGCCGUUUCCAAAAAGUGCGAUGAUGUCCAGGUGUUGCUGGAGAGCCAGGAGGUGAAGUCACCUCUGUCUCACUUGAGCAGGCUGGAGCAGGAGGUGUCGCAGCUGAGGGAGUGGUCCUCUGGCCUGACAGAACGACGGCAGCAGAUGCAGGAGAAGCUGGCUAUUCUUCUGCAGGCCGUGGAGCAAAUCGGGAACCGCACCGCCGCCAUUUCCAGUGACAUGACAUCGAAAGUGGCCUCAGUGCGAACAGACGUGAGGCGUAUGGGGGGCCUGGAGGGCGAGGUGGACACUCUGCUCACCCAGACAGGCCAGCUAGAGGAGAAAGUGGCUCAGGUUGAGAAGCAUAUGGUCAAACGUGUCGGCGAAGUUCUGGCUGCUAGCAUCGACCGCAUUUCCAGUCUAAAAAGCUCCUCGGAGAAGAACAGUCAAAACCUGGAACAAAUCCGCAAACGCAUUCCAGAGCUUUCCGCUACUGACAAGAAGCUUUUUGACCGCAUUCUUGCUCUGGAGAGCAGCCGAGCCAAGCUGGUCAGGACAGUGACCUUUGCGAGUGACCUCAGGCCCAAAGUGUUGACCAUCAAGCGAGACUUUGCCAUGCUGGAGCCUCAGCUGGCUGACCUGACCCUCAGGAUUGGCCACCUGGCCGAGGACGUGAUGAAAAGGGAAGAAGACAUAGCACAGAUUAAGGAGAGUUUAGCCAACCUCAUGACUGUCCGAGGGGACCUUAAACAAGCUGAGGAGGAGCUGGCAGUAAAGUCGGCUUCUAGUGACACGCUGCCUCAAAAUGACCUCAGCAAAACUCUGAAUGAGACAGACUGACCUACACUGUAGACGGGGCUUUGUUUUAAAGUUUUUUAAUUUAAUUGAGAUAUUCAGACUUUGGUUCCUCACUCUCAUAACUGCAUAACAACUACAAAACAUGUUUGUUUUAUAGUAGGGACCAAAUAAUUCACAGCAGGUCCAGAAAGUCCUACGUUAAUAACUUUUUUAACAGUUUAAGGGGUUCAAAUGUUGGAUGAGGACGUUUUGAAUGGCAGGUUAUUUUUAACAUUUUACUCUUCUAGUGUGUUUGUACAGAUGUUGAUGUAAAGGGCCCCAUGUCUUUUUUUUCUUGUAUUUUAUUUUUUCCCUUGAGGUCCACUUAUAAUAUUGGUGUGGGUUUAUGUAACCAAAAUUUUGACCACAUGACCCUUUUCCAACCUCCUUUUAUCCCUUAGAAUUAAACAGGCUGUUUUUGUCACUGUGAACUUAAAACUGAUGUAUAAGAUAAAUGAGCUCUGUUCUGAUUGGCUGUACUGUAUUGUGCUUCAUUCAGAAAGCGCUCAGGGCUGAAACACUCCUUAUAACUUCAGCAGGAAUGGGCUGAGCUAAACAGCUUUAAGCUGAAAAGAUUUAUGUAAAUGGGUUGGUACUUGUGACGUCACAGAAACAAUGAAUUCACAACAGGCUGAUUUUGCAGCAUGGUUUCUAUAUAUUUACUGGAUGUGGAUGAGUAGUAAAUGGUAUGGUUUGAAACUUAGAUAAUGUUUACAUAUUACUUCACACUAUUCUUAAACAAUUAGGGGAAGUUUGGUUUUCCAUGAUAUGGGCCCUUUAAUGAUUUGAUGAUACCAGACAUGUAUGUAUCUGAAUGUGAACAUGGCGACAGGGUUUUCACUGGGCAUUUUCAAUAAAAGGUCAGACUGUUUACA